AUGAAUGAUGGCUUUCAGAGGGUUGUGCAGUGUCUUGGCUACCAGCUCAGCAUUGGCCCUGACUGGCUGGCUAGGAAGAAGCUUCCUAGUGUCCACAUGGAUCCUGCCACAGAUUCAGCCAAUUUCUUUCCAACUCUUCUCAGUGUGGUGAAUGGCCAGGCCCCAGGAAAUUAUUUGGAUUUGGGGAUCUUGGGAGAGUACUCGAAUAUUGACCCAUCCUGGGAGAAUGUGGCAGUCAGUAAGAUCAAGAGCAUGAUGGUCACAGAGCAGGGCCUGGCACUGGACACCAUCUGCCAUUUCCUAGAGGAGCACAGCCAGCUCUGGGAAAAGCGGAAGACAUCACCCAAGGAUUCCUCUAUGCAGAAGCUCCUAGAAUUCCUCAGCCUGGACCCCAAGCAAACUUCUGAUAAGGCCUUGGUCUUCCAUCUCUAUGGGCUGAUCCUGCGUGAGUGCCCCAGCGUGGAGCAUGUUCAGUGCCACCUGGCCAGCCUCCUGGAGCUGUCCCACCAGCACUCCAGCUACCGAGAGGGAAUUGCUCUGGCUGUGGGCCUGGCCUCCACCGAACACUUGCAGGAGGUAUGGGCCCUGCUGGAGCACCUGGGCCGCACCAAGUUCCUGCGUUCAGCCGCUGUGUCCCCAGACAGCCAGGAUGAGAUCCUGAAGUCAAGCUUCCUGUCUGCGGCCAUCCUGCUCACGAGAUCGCUCCGGGAAGAGUAUAGCUCCCGGAGGUACAAGUUCACUCAGAUUCCAGAGCUCAUCCAGUGCCUCCUGGACAUCCUCAAGGAGGAGCCCAACUUCUUGGCCACCUUCUUCCGGCAGAAGGUCAUCCUGGUUGUCAUGGGCCUGAGUAACCUGCGACCGGGACUCAAACCCCUGCUUAAGUCCCAGGUCCUGCAGACUUGCCUGCACAGUGUAUACAGGCUUCCUGCUACUGAGCACCUAAACAGUGAUUUGCCUUCAUGGAGCCAAGCUCCAGAUGUCAACAGGCUUCCCGCUACUGAGCCCAUGAAGAGUGGUUCGCCUUCAUCAAAACAAGCUCCAGAUGUCAUGCUGGUGAUACUGGAGUCUGGGGCCUACAUGGAGAAAGUGGGCCACUGUGGUGAGCCUGGCCCUGCUUCUAGCCUGAGUGCUCUCUUUGCUCUGAGUCAUAUGAGAAGCCAAAAGUCCUUCUUGGGAAAACAGCAGGUCAGCAGGAAAGAUAUCAGAGCAGCAGACUACCUCAGUGGCCUCAGGAGAGAGGUGGGCAGAGCUGGAGGAGACAUGCUUGAGCAGCUAGAGGGACCCGUUUGCUCACACCACAGCUCCUCCGGGAAAAGUCUGGAGGCUGAACUUACUAUCCCAGCUGCCGCCAAUGCGGUCCCUGUCCCUUGCCCUUGCCAGGUGCUGUACAAGAAGACAAUGCGUGCCCUGGACCUGCUCCUCCAGAACUUCAUCUCUGAGAACCCGAGCAUGGAUGAGAUCUGCUUCCUCCUGCAGCACACAGAGCACUGGUUGAAAUCUGACAAGAGCCAUGAGCGCUGCCGGGCUCUCCAGUCCAUCUUCCUGCUUCUGCAGUAUGUGGUUGACUCUUUGAAGCUCGCUAAAGAGGCCGUGCCAUCCGUGCUGGGCCACCAGUUAGGCCUCCUGACUCUGCUUUGGCGGGAUAAAAACGAGAUCACCCAAGAGCUUUCCCACCGCUGUGUCUUCCUCCUCAUGCAGCUCGUGUUACAGCAGAAAGGGAAGUUGGUGGAGUCUGCACAGUUGAGCAAGAUGAAGCACUUUGAAACCAGCGAGUCUAGAGAGUGGGAGGUGAAGCUCUACCACGCGGUGAAGGCCUUCAAGAACUUGACAGUGGCGCAGCACACACAGCUGAUCCUUACCCUGGUGCACAAUCUGGGCAGCUGGAACUACCUCCGCUGCGACCUUGCUGCCCAGCUUCUACUGAUGAUCUGUGAGGAACCUGGUUUAAGGAAGGAACAGGUGGCUGAGAUCUUGCAAGGCCUGUUCCAGGAACUGCCAAACAUCCACUCUCAGAGUGUUCAGCAGACCAUAAGUAAGGUCACCAUGACUCUGGGGACCCAGCAUAUUCAGGAGGUGGUGGAGGUGGUCUUGUCCCUAUGUCACCCCUCAGAUAGGUGGAUCCUACUGCUGUGGAGGGCUCUGGCUACCAACUACCGCUUAGCUCGUGAUGUUAUAACCCUGCUCUAUGUAAAGCUGAAACUGCGGCCACCCAGGAGGCUCCUCCACUCCACAUAUCAGGCCCGUCUGGUCUCCCUGAUGGCACUGGGUACCAUUUAUGAGCUUCUCUACACCCCGGAGUACAGGGACACGGUCCGCUGGGCUUUCGCAGGGAUCCUUCUGGGCCUCCUUACAGAACUCUACUACCUGCUGGAGGUGGGCCUGGUGGAUGGUAUCUUUGACUACGAAGAAGAUAAUCUAGCCUCUAAGCCCCUGGGGCCCUGCAGGACCUGCCUGGAAGCCCUCAAGGGCCUCUUUUGGACCAAUGAGUACUGGGAAGUGUUUGCCGAUGUCAAGCUGAUCCAGGGCUGGGAGCUUUUUGCGCAGUUGGAAACCUUCCCAAAGGGAGUGACCCUUUUGGCCAGGGCCAUGGCUCACUAUAACUGCGAGGUCAAGGCUGUCUUGGGGCAGGCUCUCAUCUCCCUGAAGAGCACUGAGGAGCGUGACAACAUCGUGGCCAUCUGCAUCAUCACUGAGUUUCUCAACAGCCCAAAUGUCUGCCAGAACGUGUCUCGGAAGGCCAUGGACCACUCCCUGAACCUGGGCCUUUCCAGCCGCAACCAAACAGUGCGAGUUCUGAGCCUGAAGGGGCUAGGCAGCGCCCUGAUGCAGCCUUACAAGGUAACUCUGCUAAGAAGUAAGUUGAUGGAGCUUUUGGACAACUUCCUGCAGCCUGAGUUCAAGGACCUUUUGGGCCUGAUGGAGAUCCUGGGCCACCUCCUACACUGUCUGGGUGUCCAUGGCAUCGGAAUUGCCAGCUUCAAGAUUGCUCAACACCUUCUUAACCUGUUCACAGAUGAAAGAGCAAAGAUACGAGAACAUGCCAUCUUCCUGUUUGGAGAUGUUAUCCACUAUGGUGGCAAGAAGUUUCGACAGAGCCUCAAGAUCCUGGCUUUCCAAGCUUUAGUGCCCCUGCUCUUCCAUAUGGCUGACCCCUGCCCAGAAGUGGCUGUGAAGGCCAAGUACACCUUCCUGCGCUGCGCCAUCUUGUUAAAAUGGGAGUUCCGGAAGGAGCUGUUUGGCAAGCUGGCAUGGGGCCAAGGGCCAGGUGCUGAGAAUGACAUUUUUGUCUACAUGAUAGAAAGCAACUUUGGCAGCUACCAGCAGUUUCUCAGUCAGGCCUUGAUUUAUCUGGACAGCCCCCAAAAGAACCUGAAGCUGGCAGCUAUGAGGUUCAUCGGGGGGUUGCUUCAGGACUACUUCAAUGAACUCUGCUUCUACUUGACAAAGGACGAUGUGAUCAUGCUGAAGAACUAUUUGGAGGCCCUCAGCCAUGAUACAGACUCCAGGACCAGAAAGUUCUAUCUGAACCAUUGGGAUGAUGUUAUAGAGCUGUCCCACUACAUACCCAUUCUCCCCAGCAAAGACACCUUCCCUAAGCCCAUUCAGGCCCUUCAGUCAUGCGCAGUACCUUUGCCUACCACAGUGGCAUUAGGAUACCAUGGAGACUACCAGGGUAGACUCAGGAUGUGGAAAACAGACGUAAAUACAGCCAGUGACUCGGGUGUGGCUGUACAGGAGGCACAUAGACUCCUAAGAGAUGCUCAGAUAGACUGUGCCCAUUCAGCGUGGAGGUGCUGGGUCACAUCAGAAACCCAGAAAUUACUAAACACUCCCACCUGCCAGCCACAUCCCCAAAGGGAGGCAGCAGGAUUGAGGAGGAAUCAGAAGCAGGAAGGAGCUGAAGAGGUUCUGGAUGCCCCUCUAGGACCAGAACUUCCAAGUCAGUCCUAA